AUGUCAACUGCUGAGAAACGUGCGAUACGAGCAGCGAGAAGAGUCAGAGGAGAAGUACCAGCAGAAGACGCUCAACAAGGUCUAGCCGCUCCAGCAAACCCAGCGAGAUCAGUACAACCGGCAUCUAUCGACGGUCAAGAACUGGGCCAUGACGGCCUAGCUGAAGGUGCGGACGAAGACAGAAACACUGACAAACAAGAGGACAAAGAGGAUGACCGAGGAGGACAAGCCGACAUAAUUGAUUUGAUCGGUGCCGAGUCCAAAUCACAAGAUUCUCAUGAAGAGCAACACGCAAAUGAUGGUCGGCACAAAGGAGACGGGUUUGAGAGAGAAGAUGUCAGAGGCGAAGAACAAGACGAACCAGAUCACCCGUCAGAUUCAACGUCAGAUUCAUCCGACUCAUCCUCAUCAUCCUCAGAUAGUAGCGACGCUAGCUCUACGUCAUCAGAGGAAGGAAGUGACGAAGAUGGUUCAGAUACAACCUCUUCAUCCUCAGAAAUUCCGAUACCACAUCCCUCAUUAUUCCCAGACUAA